AUGCUUAUCACUAGGCAUAAACUCAGCUUCGUUGAAGUCACAGGCAGAACUGAGGCCAAAAAGAAGCCGGAAGCUAUUGUAGCUUAUAAUGAUGCAAAAAGCUCUAUCGAAGUAUCCGACCAGUUGUCAUCCUGUUCUACCUCAGAUGGGGUAUCAAAUGGUACAGGAAGGUGGCUGUUGAGUUACUUACUAUAA